AGCUUUAAAUCCUGGUUUGUAUUUUUCAGGGUUACUAUGGAUGGAUAUAAACGGAAAAGGGGCCAUGAGGCCAUGGAGGUUGAAGAGUCCCAGGGCAGAACUGGGAAGCGUGGUAGAGAUCAGCACAUGCAGAUGACCACUAGGCCAGAUACAAAAUUGCAGGACUUGAUUACAAGAAUUGGCGAAAAGAGCAAUGCGUCCCUGGAAGACAAUCUGAGUACUUUAUCUGUGGUACUGGAUAAAGAUAUGAAUGACCAGAAGAAACUAAUUCUAAGCCUGAUAUGCAACUGCGUAAUUAGCAUGCCAUGGAAGAUUACAAUUUAUUCAACACUCGUCGGUCUCAUAAAUCAAAAGAAGUUCAAUGUUGGAGGUGAAUGUGUUGAUUUGUUGGUGAAGAUGUUAAAGCGAUGUUUGAAAGAUCUCAGACACCGAGAUGCUGUCCAUAUUACGCGAUUUAUCGGUGAUUUGGUCAAUUGUAAUGUCAUUACGGCUAUGUCAGUUUUAAAUUUGUUCGAGUCUUUUAUUGAAGUUCUGAAAGAAGAAGACAUUCCUCAAGCCAGGUCUGAUUGGUACGUAUAUAUGGUUCUGGCUGCCCUUCCAUGGUGCGGAAAAAUUCUAGCUGAUAGAAAGGAGGCUGACCUUGAGCGAGUUUUGUUCGAAAUUGACAAGUAUAUAACAAGCAAAAGGAAGAAGAGCUAUCUUCCAAUGUUGCGUGUGUGGUCUUCAAAUGAGCCGCACCCGCAAGAGGAUUAUCUUGAUUCGCUUUGGGAGCAGAUUCUGACAUGUAGAAAAAACAAAUGGAUUGAGCAUCAACUUAUUCGACCGUAUUCGGCUUUUGACCGAAUUAUGGUCAAUUCUCACCAACAUACGCUUCACAGUGUAACGCCCCCGCCUCAUACUGCGCACUCUCCGUACCCGUUGCCAAAAGUAACAUUCAGAAUGUUUGACUACACUGAUUGUCCCGAGGAUCAACCGGGAAUUAUGCCUGGACAUCAUUCGAUCGACCGAUACUUGAUUGAAGACUGGAUCGAACAGAUCAUUAUUUAUUACCAUCUCGACCGAAAAGAAUGCGCCGAAAUAUUGUUGCAGUACCCUAAUUCGCAGAAAGUUCCCCAUAUUUACUGCAUAGUUGAAUGUAUCUUUGGCCAUAUUUUCAGACUCCCGCAACCACCAUUCUUGGAAUUAUUCUACGGAAGUCUUCUGAUUGAGAUCUGUAAAAAGGAAGCUAGCAAGGCGCCAGUUGUUUUAGCCCAAGCUACUGAACUGUUGUACGAAAGGCUGACUUCGAUGCAUACAGCGUGUAUUGAUCGAUUUGUCAGCUGGUUUUCUUACAAUCUGAGCAAUUUCCAGUUCAAAUGGGACUGGAAUGACUGGUCGGACAGCUUAACUCUGGAUCCAAUCCACCCGAAGCAAAUAUUCAUGCGUGAGACUUUACUAAAGUGUCUAAGAUUGUCUUACCAUGACAGCGUGAAAGACAUGGUCCCGGAUACAUUCUCGAUUUUCGUACCACCAGAGUUGACUCAUAACUACAAAUACGACAGCGAUUCAACUUCACUCAAUGGACAGGUAGCUCUGAAAAUCAAGACAGCUUUGACUGAAAAGAAACCGCAAGAUGAGAUUCUGCAGAUAUUGAAUGAGAUCCCAGAUAAUCCGGAACUGAAAGAGUACAAUCCGGAUAAAAUCGACGUUUUUGUCCAGACUCUCUUCUCGUUAGCAUCGCAGUCAUUUACACACACGUUCUCGGCUCUUACUAAAUUUCAUGAGUUUCUGAAGUUUUUGGCGCCAAAUGAGGUUGCGAUGCAUCAUCUGUUGAUGUCAGUGCAUGCUUUAUGGAGAAAUCACGAGCAAAUGAUGUUGCUGUUGACUGACAAGUUGCUCAAGACGGAAAUAGUUACUGUAACUGCAGUUAUGUCUUGGCUCUUCAGCUCUGAAAUGCAUGGAGACUUACACUGUCUGUACAUAUGGGAAAUAUUUCACGUGACCUUGAAACGCAUGGAGGGUUACUUGUUGGCUACAAGACAGAGUUUCCUAAAAGCAGAGCAAGACCAACAGAAGAAAAAGAAGAAGAAAGAGAAAGAUAGCGAGGAUGAAUCGGACAGUGACUCAAGUGACAGCGACAGUGAUAUCGAAGAAGCGAAAGAAAAACACGAAUUGGCUGAACAAAUGCAUAAAAGUCUCUUCUUUAUAAUAUUCAGACGGUUUGUUGAAAUAAUGACGGAUCAUUUGACUAGAGAGAAAACGAUUAACACGCCAUGGUACAAGUAUAUUUGUGAGAGACUUCAAAUGUGUCUAUCGCUUUAUGGAGACCAAGUGGCUAUCCAUAUUGAUGCUUUGGAACAGGAGAUUUUCACAUCUGAAAUGAAUAACCACGUUCUGAAAAUAUUCAAACAGUUCAAAUCUCUGUACGGACUGUGAUUUGAGUAAAUGAUUAAACAUACUGUCUUGUCAUAAACUCUUUAUUUGAUAUCCCAAAUUUGUCUGUUCGAAGAAAAAUGUAUGAGAUGGUUAUGCGCAUGAUUUCUAAUUUAAUUCAUCUCAGAGUUUUAA